AAAAGUGUAACGACCCUGACCCGGGUUCUUAUUUAAAACCAGUUCGGUUUGUAAUUUAUUGUAACUUUAUUCGUUGAACCAAAUUAUUUCUUUUAACCAGCCUAUAUAGUCUAUAUAUCACAUCUUUCCAUAACCUAAUAAAAAGGGGUGUAGAGAGCAGCAGCCGUAUUCCUCUUACGAUCACCUCUUCUCAAUUGAUCUCCCGAGCUCUCUCCUCCUUAUCUCCUAUCAUUCAUUUGUUCUCUUUAUCUUCACCUGUGUGGAUGUUCUUAUCUCCUCUCCUCACCAUCCCUCAAUCUCUUGACUUCGAUGGCAAUCAAAGGAGGAAGCCACUACCACCACUAGUUCGUUAUCUGACCACCACCGGAGCCAUCAUUCCUCGCCGAAGAGGAAGUCGUUGUCACCACCAUCGAUCAUCCCUUUACACUGCCGUGAGUCAUGACCCGUCGGAGACGUCUCCUCCUCUCCGCAAAGCCAAGCCGUAAGAAUUAAGCUCUUAUUUCAUAUGUUUCUUGUGCCAGAAGUAACCUUGCAUAAACCCUUUAACUAAUAUUCUUUUGUUUGGUCAUGUGCAUCUUUGUUAACUCAUCACGUGAUGAGGUGAGAAGCCGAGACCGGGUGUAUAACCCCUAGGGUUAUUUAAUAAUCAAGUCAUCUCGUAUUAUUCUCCAAUUUACUUCCGGUUCUCGGUCUUGGCUAAGGUGAGACUGACGAGUAUAUGAUAUUUGGACGGAUUGGUGCUACUGGGCUUUUUAUUCGGAUUUUUAUUUGGGCAUAGGGUGAGUGGAGUCGUGUAUAUGGACUAUUGUGUUAUGAGAUAUUGUUGGUGGCACGCUGUUCUCCAGAUAGGAGGUGACGGGUGUCACAAUUUGGUAUCAGAGCGAGGUUCCGUCCCGGCCCCGACCCGGGAUGGCGAUUAGGGGAUUCGGUUUUCUAAGUUUAAAAAAAAAGAGUAUAAAAUAAUUUUUCUAUAUAUAUAUAAUAAAAAAAAAAUGUUUGCGAAGUUCUUUAAGCACCAUUCUGUCCAGUAAUUACUAACUCAGUUGUCUCUUUAUAUGACUAUGAGUAAAAUCAUUGUCAUUGAUUCUUCGACUAACAGGGUUCUAGCUAGAUGUUCAGCAGCAGAUGGGUGAUGUCUCAGUUUGUCAGUUUUCCCAGGAAUUAUUUGUUUCUUCGGUCAUGAUUCCGAGAUCAUCCAAGAGUGGAUAUGUGACGUUUCUGCUUUCAGCCUACUUCAACCAAUCGUUCCACGAGUUUUUGUUACUGGAGAUUAUGUGGUGUGACGUAUGAGCCAUUGGUUGGCAUGUGUUGUUUUUGUGUACGAGUAUGUUGACUAUUUUGGAGGUAUGUUCAGUUUGUAAACUCAUGGGGAUCGCUUUUGGAUUGGGAGUGUGGCAGCUUGCGGUAUAUUGAUAUUGGAGCUACGCUUGGUGUUGUUGUUAGUUUUUGGCAUUGUUGAUUGUUUCAGAGAUGUGUCAGUUCAAACAGCUGGCAUGAGACAUGAGAGCUAUUUAUAUUAAUCGCAAUGUACCAGCUAUGCUCGGAGGACUGAUUUGUUUGGGGACUCGUCAGGGAUGGAGCUACGCUUUUACGAUGUCAUCCUUGGGAUGGAUUGUCUGUCACGAUAUAUUAUAGUGUUGGAUUGCCUGAGGGCAAGAGCUGAUAUUGCUGGAGCAGAUGGAAGUUUUUAUUGCAUGCAUGCUACAUGCUGAGGAGUUAUUGGAUAAAGGAGCAGAGGGAUUUUUGGCGAUCAUUUCAAUGGUUAAGAAUGUUGGACAGUAUAAGUUGUAGGAUCUUCUGGUGAUUGCAGAUUAUAAGGAUGUAUUUGUGGCCUUUGGAAUGGCCACCACCAGACACAUGAGACAUUCUUACGACCGAGUUGGAACCAAGAACAGUACUAGUUUCACGAGUUCUACACCAAUAAGCGGCAACAGAGGUGAUCGAGCUGAAAGAGCAUAUGGAAGAUUCAUCAGACAUGGGUUUAUCAGACCAAGUACUUCACCGUGGGGAGCAUCAUUAUUGUUUGUAAAGAAGGAAGAUGGGAGUUUCAGGCUUCGUAUCGACUACAUAAACUUGAACAUGGUAUCCAUCGUAUUGAUGAGUUGUUGGAUUAGAUGGAGGGAGCUUCAUGGUUCUCAAAGGUCGUCCAAGCGUUAGGAUAUCAUCAGAUUGCUAUAGCUGAGGAGCACGUACGGAUAGUGAAUUUUUUUUUUAUAGGAGACAUAUAUUAUGAGGUGUAGUGAUACCUUUUGGCUUGACGAAUGCACUAUUAGCAUUCAUAAAAACUUAUGAAUGACGUUUUCGUGAACACUUGGAUAAGUGCGUGAUUGUAUUCAUCGACUACAUCGUGGUUUAUUCUCGGAGUAGAGAGAAGCAUGCUGAGCAUUUAUAGAUUGUGUUAGGAAAGCUUGGAGAGUAUCAAUGUUUCCUAAUUGUGUAAGUCUAAUUUUUGGCAGGAAAAUAGACUUUCAGGACACGUGGUUUCAAAAGCAAGAGUUACUAUUGAUUCGAAAAAGAUUACUACAAUUUCAUAGUGGCCGACACCAAAAAAGUACAGAGAGUUGCAGAAUUUAUUAUCAUUGUCUGGUAUGAAAAAGGAUGUAGCUACAUUGUACCACCAUGUCAGACUUGUCAGAUGAUCAAAAUAGAAUAUCAAAUAUUAUCGAAUAAUUGCGCAAUCUACUUCUUUCAUAUUGGAUAUGGGAUAUGUGAUUAUGGGGUUUCUCAUUGGACUAUGGAAGUCAAGUUUCAUGAAGAAUAAUGUAUGGGCGAUCAUGGACCGUAUCACUAAGUUUAAAUCUAGAGGGCAUGCUUAGGACUUGUGCUUAGCUCGCGCGGAAAAAAAAAAUAUCUAUGGGUAGUAUCAUAGAUGGCAAAGUCCAUGAGAAAGAAAUGUGUCCUAGAAGGACACUUAGAAGACUGAGUCGCAAAUGAGGUUAGACUAUCCAUAAUUUUGAGGAUGGGGUUAAGAAACCGGAUCAGAGUUUGAAUUCGAAGACGAAUUCCAUUUAAGUGGGGAAGAAUUGUAACGAACCUCACCCGGGUUCUUAUUUAAAACCAGUUCGGUUUGUAAUUUAUUGUAACUUUAUUCGUUGAACCAAAUCAUUUCUUUUAACCAGCCUAUAUAGUCUAUAUAUCACACCUUUCCAUAACCUAAUAAAAAGGGGUGUAGAGAGCAGCAGCCGUAUUCCUCUUACGAUCACCUCUUCUCAAUUGAUCUCCCGAGCUCUCUCCUCCUUAUCUCCUAUCAUUCAUUUGUUCUCUUUAUCUUCACCUGUGUGGAUGUUCUUAUCUCCUCUCCUCACCAUCUCUCAAUCUUUUGAAUUCGAUGGCAAUCAAAGGAGGAAGCCACUACCACCACUCGUUCGUUAUCUGACCACCACCGGAGCCAUCAUUCCUCGCCGAAGAGGAAGUUGUUGUCACCGCCAUCGAUCAUCCCUUUACACUGCCGUGAGUCAUGACCCGUCGGAGACUUCUCCUCCUCUCCGCAAAGCCAAGCCGUAAGAGUUAAGCUCUUAUUUCAUAUGUUUCUUGUGCCAGAAGUAACCUUGCAUAAACCCUUUAACUAACAUUCUUUUGUUUGGUCAUGUGCAUCUUUGUUAACUCAUCACGUGAUGAGGUGAGAAGCCGAGACCGGGUGUAUAACCCCUAGGGUUAUUUAAUAAUCAAGUCAUCUCGUAUUAUUCUCCAAUUUACUUCCGGUUCUCGAUCUUGGCUAGGGUGAGACUGACGAGUAUAUGAUAUUUGGACGGAUUGGUGCUAUUGAGCUUUUUAUUCGGAGUUUAUUUGGGCAUAGGGUGAGUGGAGUCGUGUAUAUGGGCUAUUGUGUUAUGAGAUAUUGUUGGUGGCACGCUGUUCUCCAGAUAGGAGGUGAUGGGUGUCACAAAAAGAUAUUUCAAUAAAAGAAUAGAAAACAGAAACUUAUUGUUUUCAAAGUCACAUUUAUUAGGAUUUAGAAAAUAAUUAAAAAGAGGGGGAAACAAUAAGAAAAAAUGGCUCUUACAAAUUUAGAAUGAUAACGGUUUUUAAAAAUCUGAUUGGUAAAAAAACAGUCGUCUAAUCCGAUAAGGCUUGACAGCACUAAUGCAUAUCGGGCCGCAAAUUCCGUAACUUCAUCCAGAAAUAUUCUCUACCUAUAAAAACCAUUAACCAAUCUUUCAAGUCACAUAUCACAAAUCGCAAAUCUCAUAUCACAAACCUCAUAGAAUCAAAUCCAAUGGCGUCUCAAGAAACCAUAACCAACCAAAGAGAAGGAGCUGAGAUCGUUAAUGGCGCAUCAAUGUGCAAGCAAAAAGCAAACGAGAUGUUAUCGUCCAUGAAUCUACCAAAAGGACUUCUCCCUCUAGACAACAUGACAGAGAUCGGUUACAACAAAUCAACCGGUUAUAUAUGGAUCAAGAUGAACAACAAUGUUCAGCACCAGUUUAAGGCCAUCGGAAAAAACGUAUCGUAUGAUGCGGAGGUCACUGCUUUCGUUGAGAACCGUAGGAUGCGUGGUCUCACAGGAAUCAAGAGCAAAGAGCUUUUCAUUUGGGUUACGAUCACUGAGAUUUAUAUUGAUGAUCAAGAUACCUCGAAAAUCACCUUUGCUGGCCGCUCGGGUUUGUCACGUUCUUUUCCCGUUUCUGCGUUUGAGGAAGAGGAGAAGUGAUAUAUAUGUGUGGUCUUAAAACUUUGUUUCAUAAACUAUAUAUAGCUAUGUAUUGUUUCCCUUCUUUUAUUCCAUAAAUAUGUAAUGUGUAUUAUUUAUCUGCAUCGUUCCGAUCAGAAAUACUUAAAAAUAUAAUUUUAUAGAAAUCUGUUUAUCAA